ACAAGCAACAAAGUUGUUGCACAAUUGAGGUCUUGCAACAAAAACGAGCCAAAAUUUCGAGUGACGUACACCGCAACAACAGCACAAGGCGACGAGCAGAUCCGAGGUCUUUCGUGACCUCAGACGUGACCCGGCAACACGCGGCCUCACCUCCGGCUCAUUCGCAGUGUUGCGCGCACUUCCAGAUAUCUCCCAGCCAUACACAGCAGCAGCAGUAGACAAUGGUGAGCUCCGCACGCCCCAGCGACGUGGGCAUCUUGGCCAUGGAGGUGCAUUUUCCCUCGGACUUUGUCGACCAGCGCGAGAUGGAGACCUUCGACGGCGUCGGCAGCGGCAAAUACACGCUUGGACUGGGUCAGCUGGGCAUGGCUGUGCCUGGAGACCGCGAGGACGUCAACGCAUUGGCGCUAACCGCCGUGUCGAGACUCAUGAGCAAGUUCCAAGUAUCUCCUGAGCAAGUUGGACGACUGGAGGUGGGCACGGAGACAUUGGUGGACAAGAGCAAGUCCACCAAGACUGUUCUUAUGCAGUUAUUUGGGGACAACACUGAUGUAGAUGGAGCUACAGUCAUCAACGCAUGCUACGGCGGCACAGCAGCGCUACUGAACGCGGUGGCGUGGGUCGACAGCUCGUUCUGGGACGGAAGAUACGCUAUUGUAGUGGCUACUGACAUCGCGGUGUACGCUAAGGGCCCUGCACGUCCCAGUGGUGGAUGUGGAGCUGUAGCCAUGCUCAUCGGACCUGAUGCUCCCAUGGUAUUGGACUGCAGGACCAAAUCCACCCACGCGACGAACGUCUGGGACUUCUACAAGCCCAAUGUGAGCAGUGAGUACCCAACAGUGGACGGUAAACUGUCCAAUUCAUGCUAUCUGCACGCACUGGAUGAAUGUUAUCAACUAUUUUGCAAGAAGAGCGAGGGCACAGCAAACGGGAAGGCACCUGGUGUGGCUUCAGUGGACUAUGCAGUGUUCCACUCGCCAUACAACAAACUAGUGCAGAAAUCAUUCGCUCGUCUGCUUUUCCUGGACUCAAGACGCUCGUUAAAGACUGGAGAUGAGGCUGCUAAAGAGAAGUUCGCUCAAUUGGCUAAAUGGGUUGACACGCCACUAGAAGAGACUCUUAAUGACCGCGAACUGGACCUGGCAGUUCGUGGUGUGGCCAAGGAGGACUUUAACACGAAAGUUUCACCAAGUUGCACCACUUCGCAGCAAUUGGGUAACUGCUACACUGCUGCAGUGUACAUGAACUUGGCUACGUUGGUGCACGCGCGUGCCAAAGAUCUGGCACUUGGCUCUCGAGUGCUCAUGUUCUCUUACGGCUCUGGCAGUCUUGCUACCAUGUUCGUACUGCGCACACGUGAGCCUGCUGAGCGCAAGUUUUCGUUGGAAAAUAUCGCUAAGUCGCUGGAUCUCACAGCUCGUCUUGAACGUCGUAACAAGAAGACCCCGGAGGAGUAUACGGCUCGUAUGAAGCUGCGUGAGAAAACCUAUGGUGCUAAGAACGGCGUGAAGCUCACACAGUCGAUUGCUUCGAUCCCUGAAGGAGAGUUCUACCUCGACCGGAUUGAUGAAAUGGGUCGUCGUUUCUACGCUCGUUCCAAGCCUCAAGUCACCUCUGAAGGCGACAACCAGGAGCAGCAGCGCUUAGUCAAGUCGACACAAGAACUCGCUGGUGCUGUGUAUGUGGCUGGUACAAGUGUGGGUCUUCCUGGUCAAGCCAAGGUGUUCGAAGGCGAAAAAUCUAUUGAGAAGCUUCUGCAAGGUGAAAACUGCAUCUGUGAACUCUCCGAUAAAGACAAAGACCGGAUGGUAGCUCAGAAUAUCACCCAAGUUCACAAGGAUAAGGCCACGGGAGAAGUGACGCGCUCUCCGGUCUCCACUCACGACAAGUGUAUCCAAGUGUCUGCUGUUGUGAAUGAUGUCGAUUUGGAGAAGGACUACGGUAUUGCCGCUACUAUUGCCAACUCGAUGGACAAGCCCACGCAGUUGGCUGUGGCUGCCGGUCUUGAGGCUGUUCGUAACGCUGGGCUUGUUGACGGGGUCAACGGUAAUUGGCGUUUACCCGAGAGUAUGCGUGACUCGACCGGUGUCAUUUACGCUACGUCCUUCCCUACUAUGAACGCUGCGGUGUCAGAGACCUCGCGUUACUACGAAGAGAAGGAGGGCGAGUCUGCCUAUGAGAUGGAUCGCAAGAUUCUCUUCCGACUGCUUGUGUUAGCCAACGCUCAAGUCGCUCAGCUUACCGGAGCUCGUGGUCUCAAUACCCAGAUUAACGCAGCAUGCGCUGGUGCCACACAGGCCAUUGGAAUGGCUCAGGACUGGAUUAACUCUGGUAAAUGCCAGCGUGUUAUUGUGGUGUCAAGUGAUACCGCUAGCUCGGAGACCAUGAUGCCGCUGAUCGGUGGUGGAUUCCGUGCACUUGGUGCUGCGUGUAUCGCUCCGACGGCGGAGACAGCGGCUCGUCCGUUCGAUGUGAAGCGCAGUGGAAUGAUUGUCGGUAGUGGAGCGAUCGGCGUCGUGUUGGAGUCUCCACUGGCCUUUGCAGAGCGUCAAGUGGCAGAACCAGCUACCGGAAAGACUGUGCGUCUACUUGCCACUCAAUUCAGCAACUCUGCUUAUCAUGGCGCUGCGUUGGAGCCGAACCACGUCGGUCAAGAGCUCGUACGCUUCCUGCAACGUGUAGAGUCGGACUUCGGUAUCACUCGCGAGGAAAUCGCACGCAACGGAGUCUACUACAGCCACGAAACCGGCACCAAUGCCUCGCCCAAGUCUUCGUGUGCUUACACUGAAGUGACUGCACUACGCACAGCCUUCGGUUCUGAGCUGUUGUCUAAGCUGACGAUCGCGAACACGAAGGGCUUUACGGGUCACCCCAUGGCUGUAUCAUUCGAGGACGUGGCAGCGAUCGAAGGUCUCCGAAGUGGUCGCGUACCACCUGUGGUGCACUUUGAGACCCACGACUCGAACCUGGGCGAGACUCCUCUUCGUCUCGCCACGGGAGAAGCGUACGCCCACAAAUACGCUCUACACUUCGCUGCAGGCUUUGGCUCACAGCUUGCGUUCACGCUGUACACGCUUGAAAACUGAGCGCAAUGGUAGAGGUAGAUAGACACACAAGGCGUUAAGCUGCAGGACUCCUAGAGCUCAAUUGACACGGAUCAUGACAUUCAUUAGGAGGUCUAGUACGUCAUAGACAAAACACGCACUGUCUUAGCGGAGUUAGCAAUACCAUAACCUAGAACUCCACGGACACGUUGCUGGCCGUGCGCUUGUCGCGGAAGCUGUUGGCCUCGUUGCCCCACACGUCCUGGUUGGCCGGACUGGGGCCGCCGCUGAACUCGAACGGGGUCUGCUCGCUCGAUGUGGUGCUGGACAUGACGCCCGUGCCGCCCAGAAUGCUGUCCGUGCGACGAAUGUGGCUGUCGUCAUCGAUAUCGAUCGAGGCCGGACUGCCGUAGCUGACAGGCACCGUGCCGGCACCGGCAGCGUACUGCGUCGCCGUGUAGUUGUUGCUGUAUCCACUCUCGCCGUAGUUGCUGCUGUAGUUGCUGCUGUAGUUGGUGUCGUAAUGACUUUCGUACUUGUUGCC